AUGACGUCCAGUCAUAAGAUUUCGUUUUCUAUCAUUGAUAUAUUGGAUCCGAACAAAUUCAACAGCAAAAGGGUAAAUGAACUUUCCAUCAACAAAGAGAAGUUUCCUGAACCAAAUGCAGAGGGAACAAGUUUGGAGUCGGACUGCACUGCAGGCAGAGACGUCAGAGUUGAGCUCCCGAAAGCAGGGGAAGAGACAGGAGAUGAACACUCUGUACCCUCCAAGCAUCAAGCAGUUGUUGCUGACCAUCUUCUGCCCUCCCCGCCGGCUGACACGGAGCCCUGCCUGACUGAGGAACAGGACCAUAAAGAGUCGCCCGUCACACUGCAGGACCCUUCACCCCACAAAAGACGGCGCCUGGACCAGACCUGUGCCAAACCGCGACGCGCCAGAACAGCGUUCACUUACGAGCAACUUGUAGCUCUAGAAAACAAGUUUCGUGCAACUCGGUACCUGUCUGUGUGCGAGAGACUAAACCUGGCCUUGUCCUUGAGUCUGACCGAAACCCAGGUGAAAAUUUGGUUCCAGAACAGACGGACCAAGUGGAAAAAACAGAACCCCGGGGCGGACAGCCCCCUGCAGCCUGGCUCCAACUCCCUGGUCAACGUCAGUCCAAACCCGGCCAGCUGUGGGUCAAGCUCUGCCAGCUUCCAUCAAACUUUUCCCAACUUCAGCUCUGGGAAUAUGAUCUUCCACACAGCUGGUGCUGUUCCUCUUUCAUCCACUGGAGGGCUCCUGCACCCCUUCAUGUCCAGUGGAUUCGCCCAGCCAACUUAUUUUAAUCCACAUCUAUGA